AUGUCGUGCUCAUCUUCGCUGCGCCAUCAGAGCAGGCCAGCCUUACCAUGGACAAAGUCCAUCCGACCAAUCGUGGCGGAGUAUCUGGAUUUCAGCUACCAGGCUGAGUCUGUCUUGCUUAUGACUUCGGAAGGACAAUAUCCCCACGGGUUCGAGCGAAAGAGCAGUCCGCAGAACAGCCUGAGCGCCCCCGUCAAAGAGAAUGCAAGCGUCCUCUCUCACCUGAGCAUGGAGUUUGGGAGAGAGAGGUUGCGGGAGAGGACGGCGACUUUCCUGAAGGCGAUACAGGUACACCACACAAAGUUUGCGUUUCCCGAUCCGGCGUCCGACAGGCUAUUCCAGUCUCACUACCGCCACAUACACCAUAUCGAAAACGACUGUAAAUGUCAGCCGCACGACGAGGACUCGGACCAGGUGUGUAAGGAGGCUAUGGAAAGCGCUUGCGACAAGCUGGGAUGUGAUGACAGCUACUUGAUCGAGAGGGAGCGGGUCGCGGCACGACUGGAAGCUGCUGCUUCUGGCGCGGAGCCAGACGAUGAUGUGUUUCAGCCGGCCAUUUAUGUUGGCGAGGUUGCUACAGGCGACACAGUCAUGAAGUCGGGGGUUGGGCGGGAUACCAUCGCCAAGCGGGAGAAUGUCAUCGCCUUUGAGAUGGAGGCAGCCGGCAUUUGGGAGCAGGUGCCCUGUCUUGUUGUCAAGGCAGUGUGUGACUACGCCGACAGUCACAAAAACAAGAGCUGGCAAACCUAUGCAGCCGCAACAGCGGCUGCGGCGGCGAAGGGUAUUGCCAUGCUGCAUACGCCAACGGACAAGGCGAUACGCAGGGCUAUAGAUACCUCCCGGCCUAAGUCCAUCUUGCCCUUCAUGCCGGAUCCACACUUUGUUGGGGGGUCGGACAUCUUCACGUGGCUGAGCGAUAUGUCACGGCGAGGGGGAGAACGGGUGGCCUUGGUUGGCCUUGGGGGUAUCGGGAAGUCCCAGCUCGCCAUCCAAUUUGCCCACGCGAUCCGCAACAAGUCUCAUGUUUUCUGGGUCAACGCAAGCACGUGGAAGACACUCGAGUCAUCGUGCCAUGAUAUCGCCGAGAGACUGGGUCUCACCACGUCCGGCUGGGGGAAGUUGACCACUGACACCCUUCGCAAGAUCGGAAACUGGCUCGGCCGCGAGGAAAAUGGCCGGUGGACCGUUAUUCUGGACAACUUUGACGAUGCCUCGAUCCUCCCCGCCGACGACCCACACCUGACGCAACUGCUGCCACAAACGAGCCACGGCUUUGUUCUCAUAACGUCCCGCACCUCGACGGCCGCUGAUAAGCUGACCGGGAGCUCCUUUGAGAACCUGCGCCAGGUGCCUCCUAUGGGCGAGGAGGAGGCCCUGGAGCUCUUCCAAAGCAAAAUCUCCAACAGGAACGCCUUUGUAGAGAGGGAGGCCCGGGAGCUUGUCAACCUGCUCGGCUGUGUACCCUUGGCCAUCUCCCAGGCCACAGCCCACAUCAACCGCCCCGCCGCUCGGAUAUCGGUCGGGGGCUACGCCGACACGUUGCGCGGCGGGGAUGUGCAAAAGAGCAUGAAGCUGCUAAGCUCCGAGUACCAAGAGCGCCGGCGCUACGCAGGGGCAUCCAACGCCAUCCUGACCACGUGGAUGGCGACGCUGGACAAGAUCCAGCGCGAGCAGCCCCGGGCAACCGAGCUCUUAUCGCUGAUGAGCUUCUUCGACCCCCGAUCCAUCCCGGUGCGGUUUCUCAAGAGCGCAUACAACUAUAACGCUCGAAGUCUGCCGGCGGCAAAGUACAGCGACGCGUUGUCCCUGACGAGGGUAAAAGCAAAGAGCUGGGAAGUGUGGCACAAGGGCACCAACCACUGGAACAUGGUUCCCGACUACAACUCGCGCCUGUGGGCUGAGUGGGUCAAGAUGGAGCCUGGCGCCAAAUACCACGGGAAGUUUCAGUUGCCACUAGGCGCGUUCGCAGUGGCAGCGGAGAACAAGCGGCUGGCCAAAGUCGAGGCCAAAGGCAUCGUGUUUCCCUUCACCUUACUUGGCCACGCACAAACAUACAACGACGACGACAGCGACAGCGCCAAUGACACUACCGACGCUAGCACGGACGAGAAACUAGCAACGGAUCUUGAGACCUUGAUGGGCUACUCUUUAGUGACUCCGAGCACCGUCGAGGGCGUGCUCAAGAUGCACCCCCUGGUGCGGACCUGCACCCACAUGUGGCUGACGCGGGCUGGCCAAUUAACCCAGUGGAAGAAGCGCUCUAUGCUCGCCAUGACCGUCUGCCGGGAGGGCCCCGACAGCAGCCUCGGCAUCCACAUCGAGCCGCUCCUUAAGGAUGAGCCCGGGCCCGACGACGCAUUUGGGGCGCACGUCUGGGUGAUACUCGCCGACCGUAUGUGGCGCGCCAAGGCCGGCAGCGUUGACGCCGACGGGAAGCUGCUCGACCGAAUGAUCGCCGUGGCCGACAAGGCGAUGGGACCUCACCACAGCGUGACGCUUAGGUGCCUGGCAAACAGGGCGGAGUAUUUGUAUGAGCAGGAGAAGUACGAUGAGGCGACGACUUUGUGCGAAGACAUAUGCGAACGGGCCGCCAAAGUCUCAUAUGUUGGCUUGGACGCCGUCUACCGCAGCAUGUCGGUCCACGCAUUGGUGCUUCAGAAACGAGGACGCUUUGCCGAGGGCGAGAAGGAGAUCCGAACCAUGAUGGAGCAAAUAAACAAGGUAUAUGUUGAGGGAGACGACAGAACACUCGGGUACUUGGUUCGCCACGUAAAUGCCAUGAUGCAGGCCGACAUGUUCCAGGAGGCUGGCGACCUCGCCGUCAAGUUAAUCCGAGAGUACUGGGUCAACAAAAACGGAAAUGGCCCCAUCCGCACCGCCAUCCGCGUCAUGGGCAGCGAGAUGUCGUCGGGGGUACGAGGCAAAAAAGGAGAAGAAGUCGACGAGUUGCUCCGCCGAAUCGUCGAAGCGGUUGAAAGCGUCCCCGAGACUUGCCGCGUGUUCCCAGACUAUGCGUGUGAUCCGUUUCAUAUAACUCGCUUCAGAUGGCUUCGCGGCCAGGGCAGAGAAGAGGAAGGACAGGCCGCCCUGGAUAGGGGCAUGGAGCUAAUUGCCAACGAGAUACCUCUUCCAAGCCUAGAGCCUCCAGGACUCGCCGAGGAUUUUCUGGAGGCACGAGAUCAGGACGAGGAAACACGGCAGAGCAUGCUGCGGGAGGUCAUCAAAAACCUCGAUAGCAGGUCCGGGGAGGCGUUUUACGAGAGCAUAGCCAACCUCGUGCGGCGCUUGUACAUGCAGGACCGCACCCACGAAGGCACAAUGCUACUUGACGCCGCAAUCGGCCGCAUCGAGGUGUCGCGCGGCCCGGAAGCCAAGGAGGUGAAGCGGCUCACCGAGACAAAGGAAGACCUGCAGAGUUGGCAAGAGUUCAGGGAAAAAAGCAUUUGCUGCUUAAGGGGCGGGGCCAGGGCUCUGCACAUGUACACAGAAGAAGCCUAUGAGAAGGAUAGAAGAGUAGAAGAGCAAGCUCCGACUGACUGGCACCCCGGGGGCAAAAAAAGCCAAACUCCAAGUGUGGGUGCCGACUGCUUAGGUCCUUUGCGAGUUGGUGGAACGAGCAUUCGAAAAAUAAGGGAGAGGUUCAUCGGCGAGAGGCGAUCGAGACCAGGAAGCUUUUGUGAAAGUCGGGCGGCACUGCCGAGGGACUGCAAGAUGGCGGCGGAGGCGCAGCCCCAAAUCGUGGUCGAGGUGGCCGACCAACCACCUUCGCCGAGACGACCGAGCCGCGCGUUGAAACCGAGCGCGAAAGCUCGCGAAGCCAUGCAAUCGCUCGAGGACGUGGCUACCACGUCGAGGAGAGCGGCGAGCGAGACCACGCGGGCGGUUACGACGCGAGGAGCACGCGCGUCUGGGAUUUUAUAUGGAGCCAACAGCCGGAUCGAGACGGGGAAGUCAGGUAUACAGAUGCUCCUGGAGGCGAUCAACGAACAACGAGACGAAAUGUACCGAAUGAUUACCGAGCAGCGAAACACGAUUGGCGAACUACGCGAGGUGAUUUGCAAGCAGCACGACGCGAUUCAAGAACUACAUCGCCAACUUGCAGACACCAGGACCCAGCUUUCUGAAGAACUGAGACAAGCGCGGGAUCAGAUUGAUACCCUUCAACGCCACCCGGUAGCCAUGGCUUCGUCCCAACCAAGCGCAAGAGGGUCAUACGCCGAAGUCGCUCGCACCCCACCAUCAAGCCAGCCAAGCGGUGUGCGCACCCUCUCCUCGCGAAACACGACGCCUUCAUCCUUUACCGACACGUUGUUCUGUACGAUCGAUACAUCUAGGGUGGAGGAGAAAGAGAAGGGAAACGUCCAGGUGGCGGACAUUAGAAAGGCAAUCGAGACAGAGGCCAGGGCACAGGAAAGCAUGGGAGACUGGCGUUGCGCUGCGGUUGUGAAGGAGGCCCGAAACCCGGACCGAGUCAGAGUAAUUUGCAGGGACGAAGGCGAGGUCCAGCUCGUCAAGGAAGCGGCAGUGAAGAUCAGUGUUCCUGGAGUGCGGGUAUUGAGAGACCAGUUGUACCCGGUGAGGGUAGACAAUGCCAACCGAACAGCGGUCCUCGAUGCGGACGGAAACAUCCUGCCGGGAGCCGCAGAGGCGCUAGGGACAGAGAACGACGUCAACAUUGCGAAGAUUGCCUGGCUCAGCAGGAAGGAUACAAGCAAGGCCUACGGCUCGAUGGUUGUCUACGUGACGAAGGGCAGCGAAGCAAGGCGACUUCUAGACGGGCGUUACUUCCAUCUCGCCGGAGAAUCCGCUUACACGACCGUUUUCGCGCCCCGGGAAGGCCCAAUCCAGUGCUACAGAUGCCAGGAGAUCGGCCAUAAGGCCUUCGCCUGCAAAAAGCCGCAAAGAUGCGGAAGGUGUGCGGAACAGGGUCACCACCACAAGACGUGUCAGUCCGUGGUCCUGAAGUGCGUGCUAUGCAGAGGACCACACGAGUCAUUUAGCAAGAACUGUCGGCAGAGUCUGCUAAACGACGAGGGACUCAAGGACUUCGCAGUGCUGGCCAUCUCCGAACCAUAUGCCAGGCUGAUCGAAGGCUCGGUGACGACGGUCCCAAUGAGUCAUCACAACUGGACGAAGCUUAUACCAACGACAAGACGAGAAACCACGUGGCCAAUUCGGAGCAUGCUAUGGGUACGAAGCGAUAUAGAGGUCGAGCAAAUUCCAGUGCCGUCGGCAGACCUCACCGCAGCACGCAUUCGGCUCCCAGAUCGGGCAGUGCUGAUGGUGUCAGUGUAUGUGGAGGGUGGUAGUGACGAAGCACUGGAAGAUGCAAUGAGGGAAAUUGACCGACUGAUUAGGAGGUUUCGAAACGGAACAGGGACGAGAACGGAUAUCAUCCUGGCGGGCGAUUUCAACCGCCACGACCAGCUUUGGGGAGGGGACGAUGUCUCACCACGGAGACAAGGCGAGGGAGACCGCAUCAUCAACCUCAUGGACGAACACUCCCUCUGCAGCCUCCUCCCAAGAGGCACGAAGACGUGGCAGUCAGGCGACAUUGAGAGCACAAUCGACCUGGUACUGGCCUCUGCAGAACUAGCAGACCAACUACUCAGAUGCACGAUUCACCCCUGCGACCAUGGCUCAGACCACAGAGCAAUCGAGACAGCUUUUGACACCACGGUGGAGGACCGUCCCAGUGAGACGAGGUUCCUCUUCAAGAACGCGCCCUGGGCGGAAAUUAGGACUAGGGUGGCAGCAAACCUCGAACGCAUCCCCUGGGACGGCAAUGUCCAGCAGCAGACGGACAGGCUCAUGGCAGCGGUAACCGAGGCGGUCUACGGCCUGACACCUAAAGCCAAGCCCUCACCAUACGCCAAGCGGUGGUGGACAACAGACCUGACACGGCUUCGCCAGACAUACACGUUUUGGAGAAACCAGGGGAGAUCUCGACGUAGGAUUGGGCAAACAGCACCAGAGCUCGAACAACGAGCCAGGAUGGCAGCCAAAGAGUACCACGACGCCAUCCGCAGACAGAAGAGUUCGCAUUGGAACGACUUCCUGGCCGAUGACGCUAACAUCUGGCAAGCAACGAAGUAUCUGCAAACCGGCAGCGGCACGAUGGGCGAUAAGAUACCCCCGCUCGUCCGACCCGAUGGCUCCAUCACGGAGGGUAAAGCAGAACAAGCGCAGGAGUUACUCACCGCCUUCUUCCCACCUUUGCCAGCGAGAAUCGAAGACGAGGGCCAACGACCUCAACGGGCGCCGGUACACAUGCCAGACCUAACAAUGGAGGAGAUAGAACAAAAGGUCCUGUCCGCUAAGCCAUGGAAGGCGCCCGGGGAAGACGGUCUACCGGCAAUGGUAUGGAGACAGCUCUGGCCAGUGGUCAAAGACAGGGUGCUCCAUUUAUUCCGGACGUCGCUUCGAGACGGCGACAUCCCCAGCCAGUGGAGGAAUGCCAAGAUCAUCCCAUUGAAGAAGCCAGGGAAGAGCGAAUACACUCUAGCCAAGUCCUGGAGACCCAUCUCGCUGCUCUCCACGCUAGGGAAGAUACUGGAGGCAGUCAUUGCGGAGCGUUUAUCCCAUGCUGUGGAGACCUGCGGCCUUCUACCCGCCAACCACUUCGGAGCCAGGAAGAGACGCUCGACCGAACAGGCUCUCCUUCUGCUUCAGGAACACAUCUACAAAGCAUGGAGAGCUAGGAAAGUGCUCAGUCUGAUCAGCUUCGAUGUCAAGGGCGCAUACAAUGGGGUCUUCAAAGACAGGCUUCUCCAGAGGCUCAAGGCAAGAGGGAUACCUGAAUCCCUGGUCAAGUGGAUCGACGCCUUCUGCUCCAAGCGCACAGCGACCAUUGCCGUAAACGGGUUCACAUCUGGACGGCAAGAGCUGCCCCAAGCGGGUCUUCCGCAAGGAUCGCCGCUGUCUCCAGUGUUAUUCCUCUUCUUCAACGCCGACCUAGUGCAGCACAAGAUUGACGCAAACGGAGGCGCAAUUGCCUUCGUGGACGACUACACUGCCUGGGUAACGGGCCCGUCAGCGGAGUCGAACCGCACUGGAAUCCAAGCUAUCAUCGACAAAGCCCUUGACUGGGAGAAACGGAGCGGUGCGCAGUUUGAAGGCGAAAAGACAGCCAUCAUACACUUCACGAGGAACAUGGAGCGAUUUUCAGAACAACCGUUCUCGGUCAAAGGCGAAGUGGUCAAACCGAAGGAAAGUGCGAAAAUCCUAGGUGUCGUGAUGGAUCGCGAACUCCGCUACAAGCAGCACAUUGCUAGGACGGCAGCUAAGGGCCUCGCAGCCGCUCUGGCCCUGAAGAGGCUGAAGAUGCUUUCCCCGCGGACAGCGAGACAGCUAUUUGUUGCGACAGUAGCCCCGGUCAUGGACUACGCUGCCAAUGUCUGGAUGCAUGCGUGCGGGGAAAAAGCACUGAGCUGGCUGAACAGGGCGCAGAAGAUCGGGGCCCUGGCCAUCACGGGAGCCUUUCGAACCGCGGCAACAGCCGUGGUGGAAGCUGAAGCGAGCAUCUACCCCGUACGAGAACGACACGCCCAGGCGGCAGCAAGUCUGUGGAUCAACAUCCACACGCUGCCCGGAACGCAUCCCCUUGCCAUGAAGAAAGUCCGGACCACCGUACGAUUCGUAUCUCCGCUGCAGAAAAUUGCCCGCGUGGCCGAAGGAGUACGAGUUGACCGGAUGGAGACAAUCCAGGAAUACGCCGUCCCGCCCUGGGUACCUCGCCUACGACCGACGCUCGAAGCCGAUCGAGGGAAGGCGGCCGAGAUGGUCAACAAAAUCUCGGGAAUCGUGAUCGCAACCAGCUCAUCCGUAAAGAAGGGCAUUGUUGGCAUGGGCGGCCUUGCACGGGAUACUCUCUUCAACAGAACUAGCGAGACUGUGACAAACUAUGCUGUUGUUCUUGGGACAAGGGAAGAGCAGAACCCAUAUACAGCAGAGCUAGCAGCCAUCGCAAUGGCCCUGGAGAAGUUACCGGCUAGCAUCUGCCACAGGCGCAUCACCGUGAUCACUAGGAACCAGUCAGCGCUGGCAGCAGUUGGACAGCCGCGGCAGCAAUCCGGCCAAAGCAUCAUACGGCAAAUUUACGACUUGGCCAGGCUGCACCGACAAAGAGGGAACUCGGUCAACUUUCUGUGGAUACCAGCGGAGAUUGACUUCGCGCUGGGGUCAGAUGCCAAGGCAGCAGCCCAGAGAGCGUCGAAGCAAGGACGCACACCCGACUCCCAAAUACCCCAGGCCAAGUCUACCGCGAUGAGGCUGGCAAUGGAAAGACAACGGGCGACAAGAGUUCUACCUGUAGGCGUGGGCAAGUUCUCAAAGGCCAUGGACGCAGCACUACCAGGCAAGCACACGCGCGAUCUCUAUGACAAGCUGAAGCGAAGGGAGGCCUGCGUAUUGGCGCAGCUCCGAACCGGAAUGGCGAGACUGAACGGUUUUUUGAGCAGGAUUGGGGCGGUCGAGUCAGACCUUUGUGCCUGUGGACAAGCGAGGGAAUCAGUGGAACACUUUCUUUUCCGAUGCGUGAGAUGGACAGCUCUGAGGGAAGACAUGCUGCAAUGCACAGUGGCAAGACGAGGAAGCCUCUCGUUCUAUCUGGGAGGGAAAGCGCCAUCAGAUACAAGGCAUUGGUCACCAGAUAUGAAGGCAGUCCGGGCGACGAUCAAAUACGCAAUGGCAACAGGAAGGCUGGAGCUGAAUGAAGAGGAGAGUCUAAACCAGUCACAGUAG